AUGCCUGCCUCGCACCGUCGUGGUCCUUGGGUCCCAGAGGAAGACCAACUCCUCACCCAACUGGUCCGGGAACAAGGCCCUAACAACUGGGUCCGCAUCUCUCAACACAUGCACUACCGUUCGCCCAAACAAUGCCGCGAACGCUUCCACCAAAACCUCAAGCCAUCACUGAACAGGGAGCCCAUCUCCGCUGACGAAGGCCUAAUGAUCGAGCGCAUGGUCAGCGAAAUGGGAAAGCGCUGGGCAGAGAUCGCCCGCCGUCUCGGCAACCGCAGCGACAACGCAGUAAAAAACUGGUGGAAUGGAAGCAUGAACCGCAAAAAGCGCGGUCUAUCCACCCCCACCAUCUCUCGCACCUACUCAGGCCGCAUCGAGGCACCCUACACCCGCGCCUCAGCAAUGAGCCCAAUGCGCUCCCGUUUCUCAUCCCGCCCCUCAUGGACCGAAUCAAUCGAGUCUGCCAUCUCUGAACAAUAUUCCCACUCUCGCAGGGAGUCUCUGGCUUCUUCCGCCCGCCAGCUCACGCCCAUCUACACCCUCCCCUCCAUCAAUCGUUCCAUCGAAACGCCCCUCACCUCCCCGGCUUUCUCGGACGUCUCCCACGCCACCUCCUGCGAACCACCCUCAAUGGUCUCAGACCACAACUCCGUCUGCUCUUCUUCGCCCCGCACCCUACCCUCCCCGCAACUCCUGCCUCUGCCUGUCGACUUGCGCUCGCAGUAUGAAAUCCGCAAGCCUAGUGUGCAUGUCCUCGACGACUCGCCCAGUUAUCCGGCCCGCUCGCUGGAUUCUUUGCCUGAGAUUGCUUCUUCACAGCGUUGGAUGGGCCACCAGCCUACUUUGGCUUCAUGGCACCAACCUGUGGAUCUGCCUAAGCCCUGGAGCUCUAGAUCUGAGCCUGCUCGUGAUACCCGUAUGGGUGUGAACAACUUGCUCAACUGA